AUGUCUCAAUUGUACGGAAAUCCAGUCGGCCAAGCCCAAGGACAGUCAAACCCACUCCGGCCAGCAUGGCGCAAAUUAUUUGACCCCAACUGGGAUCUACCCAAUGGGAACCUUGCCUGGAGCCUGGAUGAAUCAUCACUUCAAAAAUUAUGGGGUGGCAGGUUCACAGGAUCUACGGAUCCUCUGAUGCAUGAAUUCAACCAAUCAUUGUCUUACGACAAAAGAAUGUUCAAGGCAGAUAUCAAAGGAUCCCAAGCUUAUGCGUUGGCGUUGAAUGCGUCGGGGAUCUUGAGCUCAGAGGAAUUCUCUGCAAUCCGAACUGGCUUGGAUGAAGUUUUACAAGAAUGGGAAACAUCUACCUUCGUCCCACAUGAAACCGAUGAAGACAUUCAUACUGCUAACGAACGCCGAUUGAUGGAGAAAAUCGGGAAAGUCGCUGGGAAACUGCACACCGGUCGCAGUCGAAACGAUCAAGUCGCAACUGACAUGCGGUUAUGGCUGAUGGAAGAGUGCGAUAAACUUCUGAAAUUCAUGGAGAGUUUGAUCAAGGUUAUCGCAAUCCGAGCACAAAAGGAAAUCAGUGUUUUGAUGCCUGGUUACACUCAUCUCCAAAGAGCCCAACCUAUUCGCUGGUCUCACUUCCUGAUGUCGCACGCCACAGCCUUGCUUUCCGACUUUAAUCGAUUGAAGUCUAUAAUUCCCCGAAUUGCAACCCUCCCAUUGGGAUCAGGACCCCUUGCGGGGAAUCCAUUCAAAAUUGAUCGCCAGCUGUUGUUGGAAGCGCUUGGCUUUCAAUCAUUGUCAAUCAACUCGAUGCAUGGGGUCUCGGAUCGUGAUUUCGUAGCCGAAUUUCUCUUCUGGUGUACCAUGACGAUGGUACAUGUUAGUCGUCUAGCAGAGGACUUGAUCAUCUAUUCGUCGUCGGAAUUCGGUUAUGUUACCCUUUCAGAUGCUUACAGUACUGGAUCUAGCAUUAUGCCCCAAAAGAAAAACCCGGAUUCGCUCGAGCUUUUACGUGGUAAAUCUGGAAGAACCUUUGGACAGCUCUCUGGCUUCUUGAUGACAUACAAGGGUCUCCCGGCUACUUAUAACAAAGACCUACAAGAAGAUAAGGAACCAAUGUUUGAUGCUGCCGACACCUUAUCAGCCUCCAUUCAAAUUCUCGAGGGGGUCAUGUCAACUUUGGAGAUCAAUGCCGAGCGCAUGCAGGCAGCUCUAACGCCCGAAAUGCUAGCCACUGACUUGGCGGAAUAUCUUGUCCGCAAAGGAAUUCCCUUCCGAGAAACUCAUCAUGUUUCGGGCUCUGCAGUUCGUCUAGCCGAGCAAAAGAAAAUCACUUUGGCAGAGAUCACCCUACAGGAAUACCAAGGGUUGUCUGAGCACUUUGCUGAAGACGUGUUUGAGGUUUUCAAUUUUGAAACCUCAGUAGAGCGUAAAGACGUCAAAGGUGGAACGAGCAAAAGAGCGGUUUUAGAGCAAAUCGAUAUCGUCUUGAACCAACUCAAAUCUUCAUAA